CACACACACACUCGGAGCAGGGCAGACUGCAGCGAACGGCUCCGCUGGCUGUGUGUUUGAGAGACACAGAGCAACUCAUUGCGUUUCUUCUGACUCUGUGUGUGUGUGUGUGUGUGUGUGUGUGUGUGAUGUAAUUGUUUAACUCCAGCGGGUCAUAACAGGGCGAUUCAUCCGUUAAUCACCAUAUGAGAUCCAUCAGCAGGACAUCAGACACAGAGACGCUCGAGAAACAGUUUGGCGAUGAGGCUGUGUGUUCUGCUGGCGUGUUUGCUGCUUGAGUUCUGCGGCGCAGCUCCACACGCUCACAUCAACCGCCUCGCGCUCUUCCCCGACAAAAGCGCCUGGUGUGAGGCCAAAAACAUCACGCAGAUCGUCGGACACACGGGCUGCACGCCACGAUCCAUCCAAAACAGGGCCUGUCUGGGUCAGUGUUUCAGCUACAGUGUGCCCAACACCUUCCCACAAUCCACCGAGUCUCUGGUCCAUUGUGAUUCCUGCAUGCCGGCGCAGACGCAGUGGGAGGUGGUGACUCUGGAUUGCGCCGGCAGCGAUGAAGCCCCGCGUGUGGAUAAGCUAGUGGAGCGCAUCCUUCACUGCAGCUGCCAGUCGUGCAGUAAAGAGAGCAGCCAGGAGGGGGCGCUGCUGCAGCUGUAUCCGUCAGAGGGAGCGCUGGAGACGCCGUCGCUGUCAGACGCUAGACACACGCAGCACGCUCACAUGCACGCCGACACGCAUUUAGACGUACAUGCACCUGAGGCCGGGUGAUGCGCGCACACACGUGCAUGCUUUACACUAGGGCUGCGCAAUUAAUCGAAAGCGAUAGUCAUGCGCAUCUCGUCCGUAAAGCCGGUU